AUGAAUGAAACAAUAGACGAUAAUAAAAUCGAAUCUCAAUCAUCAAUAAUACAUGUUGUUGAAGGUUCUAUUGCAUCUCGUACGAAAGAAAUAACAAAACAACCAAAACGUGAACGUAGUUCAACUGUUCAAAUUCUACCACCAGCACCUAAAAUAAAAAAAGAUCAAAGAGAUGCACAACAACGUAUAUUUGGUCCAAUACGUCGUUUUUAUUAUCGUUCAUUUCGUAUAGUUUCAAAACUAUGUACAUUUACUGAAGAAGAAAAAUCUAAUGUUGAUUCACUUGAAUUAUGUUCUAUUCUUGCUUAUUCAUGUUUAAAACCAAAAGUUCGAUGUUUUGAUAAAAAACCACCAAUAUUUGUUUUAGAUCAACUUAUUCGUAAUGGUAAUGCAUUUUUACAUGUAAAAGGAUCACAAGAACAUGUAUCAAUUAUUAGUAAACCAUUAAAACCACCAAAAAUAAUGAAUACAAUUGGUUCAACAAAACAAACUAAUCGUACAUUAUCAAAACAUGUUAAAAUUUUAUUAAAUCCGUUAUCAGCAAAUGUAUAUAUGCGUGUUGGAUUAUCAUGUCGAUAUCGUCAUGUUGGAAUAUUAUUAUCAUGUUCAACAACAAAUUUAUGA